GGGGAAAGGGGAAAGGGAAGAGCCAAUCAUCUCCGACACCUUCUUACCCCAAGCAAGCGGGGUCGGCGAAUACAUCGCGUCAGCAUCUCAGUCAGAGCUCGUCUGGUUGACUCGUGCUUCUUGUUGCUCUCGCACAUUAAUUGCGGGGGCAUUGAGUAUACAAAUGUUUUCUGCGCUGUCUGGAUAUGUUCUGUCAACUUCUCCAUAGUUCAUCCUUCCUUCUUUUGCGACCAUACUGGAAUACACGUCCUUCUCCAUGUGCUCGCCAGGCCCUGGCAUCAAUGUCUGACGAGGCCGGCGUCUACGCAGUGCCAGCCGUGCAGGACCCUGGCUUCGUCUACGAGAGCAAUCACGAGUCGCAACGGUGGGACAUCAACCAGGCCGCGCGGACCACCCAGACGACGACCACGGUGGGACCGCGCACCAUCAUUGCACAAUGUUUGAAUUAUUCACUGUGCGAUUGAUUGUCUCCACACAUGUGGCAGCGCAGAAGAACGCGUAUACUGUAUAUAAAUGUAUCCGUUAACGCGCCUAUGACAUGCCCGCUCGCGCGCAGAGUUUGCCACAAGCGCCAGCGUGUUCAAGCGCGUGGCCGAUGUACUCACAUCCUUUGUGUUCCCCUUUUGAGCUGCGAACAUCUGAACGUGUUGUCGUGUACACAUGCCUGCCUGCAAAAUUUCAAACAUGUGCUUGAGACUCCCACCGAUGCUCCCAGCAUCGGUGCGCAAAUUAGCCUCGAUAUGGUUCCUGGUGCGAGUACGAACGCAGUAACAAGCGGACAACACGCUGGAUAUUCGCCAGCAGAAUUGCACCUCAGCGGCCAUCGCUUCGACCGCAAGCUGCGCGAACGCCAUGCAGCAGGCAUCUGUAUGGUGGCUGCUCGCGACAGUUUGAGGCGUGGCCAGG